AUGGUGAACAACAUGAUGAAAGCAGCUGUUUUAAACGAAUUCGGAACAUUAUUGGAAAUAAAACAAGUACCAAUUCCUCAACCAGGACCAAAUGAAGUUCUCGUUAAGUUGAUUGCUUGUGGAAUAUGUCAUACCGAUCUACAUGCAGCUCGUGGAGAUUGGCGUAUCAAACCUGUUUUACCUCUCAUUUUGGGACACGAAGGAAUCGGUCGAAUAGUCGAGUUUGGACAAAAUGUUUCUUUUGAAAAGUAUAAUUUAAAGUUAGAUGAACUUAUUGGUAUUCAAUUUCUACAAGGAACUUGUCUAGAAUGUGAAUUUUGUUUGAAUGGACGAGAAACUCUAUGCAAUUCAAAAGUUACGACGGGACAAACGAAGAAUGGUGCCUUCGCUGAAUAUGCUUUAAUAAAUGCUGAUUUUGUAAUAAAAUUACCUGAUGGAUUAGAUCCGUUGAAUGCAGCACCACUCUAUUGUGGCGGUGUAAGUAUGUAUAAAGCUUUGAAGGUUUCUCAAGCUGGACCAAAUGAUUGGAUUUCUAUUGUUGGUGUUGGUGGUUCUCUUGGAAUCAGAUAUGCAAAAAUAAUGGGCUUUCGUGUCAUUGGCAUCGUAGCAGAAAAAGAUCAGGCCGCUGUCGAUCUAGCUCGUGAAAUGGGAGCUGAUGAAGUUUACGAUGGUCCUAGUGAUCAACAUAGUAACUUUAUCAAAGAGAAAACCAAUGGAGGUGUUCAAGCAGCACUUGUGACUAUUCCUCUGGUAUCUGCAUAUGAACAAGCAUUACAAUCAUUAAAACAAGGUGGUCGCCUCGUUAUGAUUGGUAUUCCAAUAGAUAACCUUGCGAUUUCAAUCGGUGUUUGUAUAGCCAGACAGAUUGAAAUCGUAGGCACACUUGUCGGCACACGAACCGAUCUGAAAGAGACACUCGAUAUUGCACAAAAAUAUGAUAUUAAAUGCAAAGUACAAACAUGUCAACUAGAACAAGUUAAUGAUAUUCUCAAUGAUAUGAGAAAUUACCGUUUAACAGGUCGUAUGGUCAUUGAUUUUACUGGAAAUUCGAAAUAA